GGGGCAGCUGGAGCACCUGGAGCGGCGGAGGCGGCAGCCGUGUCGACGUCGAGCCAGAGUGCAGCGACGCUUAAAGAAGGGGCCGACUCGCCGCGGAGUCCUGCUUGUGGUCACCGGUGGGUUCGCAGCCUUCAGCCAGACUCGACGAGGAGCGGCGGUGGCGGUGGCGGCGGCGCCGGGAAGCAGGCAUGGAGAGCAGAAAAUUGAUUUCUGCUACAGACAUUCAGUACUCUGGCAAUCUGCUGAACUCCUUAAAUGAGCAGCGUGGCCAUGGACUCUUCUGUGAUGUUACUGUCAUUGUGGAAGACCGAAAAUUCCGGGCCCACAGGAAUGUUCUGUCAGCUUCCAGCACUUACUUCCACCAGCUCUUCUCAGUUGCCGGGCAAGUGGUAGAACUGAGCUUUAUACGAGCAGAGAUCUUUGCGGAGAUCCUCAAUUAUAUCUAUAGCUCAAAAAUUGUCCGUGUGAGAGCAGAUUUACUGGAUGAGUUGAUUAAAUCAGGGCAGUUGUUGGGAGUUAAGUUUAUAGCAGAGCUCGGUGUUCCGUUGUCACAGGUUAAAAGCAUCUCAGGUCAAGUUCAGGAUGAGAGUGCAGAAAGCUUACCUCCUGAUUCUAGCGACAAGAACCUUGAAGUGCAGAAAUCAAAAGAUGACUCCCAAGAUAACGGGGUCACUGCAAUGCCCAUAAUAACUGAGUCUUUUUCCUUACCGGCUGAAGAUUAUGAAACGAAAAAAAUCAUUGUUACUGAUUCAGAUGAUGACGACGAUGACGUCAUUUUUUGCUCUGAGAUUCUCCCCCCGAAGGAGACUUUGCCGAGUCCCAACACAGUGCCACAGGCUCAGCCUCCCCCAGGCUCUGUUGCUAUUUCAGAUGUUACACCUUGUGCUAGCAGCAGCUCUCCCCCUUUAACAAAUAUCGCACCUGCUCAGAAACUUCCUACUUCUGUGAAUCAGACAACUCUGAGCCAGACACAAGGAAGUGAAAAACUGUUGGUAUCUUCAGCCCCAACACAUCUGACUCCUAACAUUAUCUUGUUAAAUCAGACACCAUUAACUACACCACCAAAUGUCAGUUCUUCAGUUCCAAAUCACAUGUCUCCUUCAAUCAGUUUACUUGUGCAGAAUCCGCAGGCACCGAGCAGUGCGACUCUACCAGGAAGCAAAGCCAAUGAAGAGGAAGAGGAGGAGAUCAUAGAUGAUGACGACGACACGAUUAGCUCCAGUCCAGACUCGGCGGUCAGUAAUACAUCUUUGGUCCCCCAGGCUGAGGUCCCCCCAAACACCACUUUUGAUGGAGCACUGAUCCAGAAGAUGCAGAUUCCCACCCUUCUGCAAGAGCCACCUUCCAACUCUUUAAAAAUCUCAGAUAUCAUUACUAGAAGCACCAACGGUCCAGGCUUAGGAGCCAAGCAUCUAACGGAGGGACAGAAGAUCAUAACGUUAGAUACAGCUACUGAAAUCGAAGGCCUGUCGACGGGUUGCAAGGUUUAUGCAAAUAUUGGUGAAGAUACCUAUGACAUAGUGAUCCCUGUCAAAGACGACCCGGAUGAAGGGGAGGCCAAGCUUGAGAAUGAGAUAGCAAAAACAUCUGGCAGCGAGACGGCAAACAAGCGUAUGAAAGUGAAGCAUGACGAUCACUAUGAGUUAAUAGUAGAUGGCAGGGUCUAUUAUAUCUGUAUUGUGUGCAAAAGGUCCUACGUCUGUCUGACAAGCUUGCGGAGACAUUUUAACAUCCAUUCCUGGGAGAAGAAAUACCCUUGCCGCUACUGUGAGAAGGUGUUUCCUCUUGCUGAAUAUCGCACGAAGCAUGAAAUUCACCACACAGGGGAGCGCAGGUACCAGUGUUUGGCCUGUGGCAAGUCUUUCAUAAACUAUCAGUUUAUGUCUUCGCACAUAAAGUCAGUUCAUAGCCAAGAUCCUUCUGGAGACUCGAAACUUUACCGGUUACAUCCGUGCAGGUCUUUACAGAUCAGACAAUACGCAUACCUUUCUGACAAGUCAGGUGCUAUGCCAGCCAUGAAGGAUGACGGUAUUGGGUACAAGGUCGAUGCUGGAAAGGAAACUCCAGCAGGCACGCCAUCUACUCCUCAGAACAAGCCAAUGACCUGGGAAGAUAUUUUCAUUCAGCAGGAAAAUGACUCCAUUUUUAAACAGAAUGUAACAGACGGCAGUACCGAGUUUGAAUUUAUAAUCCCUGAAUCUUACUGAACUCCUUUGAAAUAUCAAAAGUCUUGAUGUUAACUAAGGGUCAGGGGUUUCAGAAAAUCUGUUAACACAAAUUAAGGUGCACAUCAGUUGAUUUGAUCUGCCAUGUCAUCUGAAGGUAGUCUAGUUGGAUUAUUUGUUGAUAAUUUUUAGAAGCAAAAUAUUCUGAAAGUUUGAGUAGAGAUUGAGAAGAUAUCCCCCCCAUACUUGUUUAUAUAGUUCACUUUCAGACCUUUUAAAAGAGGCAAAAAAAAAAAUUGUGUCGAGAGCUAGUUUUUUUAAUAGAAUCUGAAGCAGUUUGGAUGUUCUUUAAUAAUAACUGGAGUUACUAGCAUACCCUAGUAUGUCUUAAAACUUUCCCUUACAUGGUAGCACUUUACUGCUGGAUUCUCAAUUCUCUUAAGAUUGAGACUGUGUGUGUUGUCUCGUAGAUGGCAUAAAAAAAAGUAAAUAAGAAUUUCUGAAGGUGUCAGAACAACUAAAGUUGAGGGAGGCUCCACUUUCGUUGUGUAUUCUGCUAGUCCAAAUGGGUAGCACUUUCCUGCCUCUCUCUGCCCAUGAAAAUGGCCAUGCAGGCCCAAUUUCUCACCUGAAGAAUGAAUUAGUUUUAGUUAAGUAGAAGUAAAUCUUGCUUUUAUUGCCAUAGUCUGGAAAAGACUUUGGUGGCUGGACUACUGUAUGUGGGGUGUGUGUGUGUGUGUGUGUGUGUGUGUGUGUGUGUACAUACAUAUUUAUUUGUAUAUGUAUAUACACACAUACCUUUGUGAUAUGGUCUCUGGUCAAAAAUACUAAUGGAAGACAAGUCUCCCUAAUGCAGAAAGAAGAGAAAACGUUCCGUCACAUUUGUUUUGGCAUCCAUGCUCUUAACAUGAUAGAGACAGAGUGGAAAUGAAUGAUUUCCCUUUUUGAUCAUGUGGUUGAAAAUAUUUCCAUGUAAUCGUUCCAGUUUUUGUCACUACAGGUUCAAUGUGGUAUUGCACCACAGAGCCACCUUAAUUUUUUUUCAAGGUUUGAAUCUGAAAGCCACCAACUCUUGAUGUGUAAGUCUUUUUAAAUGAUCCCAUAAAUGAGAUUCCUACAGAUUUGGGGCAGGGGCCACUGGCAUCUAUUCUUCAGUGUUCCUAUUGGCAUUUAGUUUUAAUCUGAAAUAACUGAAUCAGCGAUCUAGAAUUUUCCUUUCGGCAAGACUUGUUAGGUUUUUACCUCUUCUGAAAUCAAUUCCAUUCCAUCUGCAAGUUGCUGCAUUAUUAUAGCAAUCAGAAACUAUAUAUGGAAUGUUUUAUAGGCUUGUUGAUACACCCAUUAUCUUGAAAACAAUAAGUACCACCUUCCUUCCUUUAAAAUGACACAUAUUUAAAUAUUUAGAAAAUAUGGGAAAAUGUCUUAAAAUGCUAGUACUAAAAGGAAGCAGUUUGGAAUAAAUAUAUAGCCUAGCAUUUAUAACAGGAUUAAAUGGUUGAGCUUCUGUAAAUGACUUUUUGCAAAGGAAAAAAAAUUGAUACUGAAAGAGAUUGUUGUGCAUAGUUAUUAGCCAUUUAUAACCUUGCUUACACAUAGAUAUUUUUCUCCUUAAUUAUGUAUUUUUUAAAAAAAUUCUAUCUCUUGACUUUGAACUUAAAGCUUUAAUCAUGGGUUUUCAUGCAUACAACAGUCUCUGACAGCAAGCGAGAUAUGAUACAGGAGUUUCAGUGUUUCUUGAGUUGGUAGCUGAGAAUAUCAAGCAUCAGUGUUUGCAAUCGUACAGGCAGACAGAAAAAUCUAAUCCCUUGCUUGCUGAGGACCAGAGUGCUGUGCAUCUAUCUGUUUUCUUUUCUGUGUGUCUGUAGACCAUUUUGUAGAGUAACCCUUGGGGAAUUGGACAUGACCUUUUAAUUUAGACUGAUUUUUAGAAUGGCAUUGUCCAUCUUCUUUGUGUAUAGACACAGAUGACAGUGCUCUGACUUGAGGGUGCUCUCUGAAACAUGUUCAGUGAAAAAUUUGCUUGAAUUUCAUGACUGCUAUUUCCCCAGUUUGGCAUAAUUACAAGUGUGAUUGAUCCUGAUGCCAAAAGAGCUUCCAGACCUCUCAGACUUUACCUCUAGGUUUGUCAUAAUAAAAUGUGGUAGUUUCUAGAAGGUGAUCAGGGCGAACCAGGUAUCAGUUCUGUCAUGGAAAGCUAUCCUUUCUGAAUAACAUAGAUCUAAUUAUUUGCUGCUGCACUCUGUUCAAAUAAAUUCUGAACAGACAGUUUAAAUUCUGUGCCUACUAAAAGGCGUCUUCUGGAAUGUGGGGAUGGGAGGAUGACAACUGGAAAAAAAAAAUGUAUUUUUGCCAGAAGACUCUUUACUUACAUGCAUGCCAGGGUCUUCCAUUUUUCUAGGCAUUUCUUACACCCAAGGUUCAGAGUUCAUGUGGAAUACUCCGUUGGGGCUAAAACCCUUCACUCCCAGUAUUUACUGGGUUGAAAAUCUGUACCAAGAUGCUGUUUAGAACUGAUCAUGUUUUUUUUUUUUUUUUUCUAUUUUACAUGUAGCUUAUUGGCUGUUAGACUUUUUUUUGUUUUCAAAGCUUCACAUUUGCUGUGCUUCACUGUCAAUAUUCAGGGUAAGAACAGCUUGAAAUAACAACUUGUUAAAAGAAAUGACAGAAAAUGAAAAUUCUCAAACUAAGCAAAGAUUCUAAAUGAUUUUGAUGUGAGUGAUCCUCCACUUACAACAACUAAGAGGAAUCGAUGCUGUAUUUUUUUUCCCCAUUGUACCAAAAAGAUAAGGCAAGUGGUAAAUAUGAUCAAGGAAUUCUGUACUAUCAAAGCAUAUGCGUAUUCUGACGGAUCAAUGCUAAAUGCAGUAGUGCUGGCUUCCUCACCUCUGCCAACCUGGAACCUUAUUAUGUUCCAUCUAAUACGAUAAUGUUCAUAAUUGUACAACCAUCCCUGUCGUCAAUUUCAGUUCUACUUUUCGUUAACCAUUCUUUGAUAUUAGUUCAUAGAGCUCCUUAUGGCAAAAAUAAAAUGUUUUAAUUCUGA